UCUGUCGUAUAUAAACCCCAAAUCAAUCGGAGCUCAGAAACCCUAGAUCGCGAACACAGAGACUGCGUGAGACCUUGAAUUGGAUCGAUUCAAAUGGCGGAGCACUUAGCUUCGAUCUUCGGAACGGAGAAGGACAGAGUGAACUGUCCUUUCUACUUCAAGAUCGGUGCGUGCAGGCAUGGAGAUCGAUGCUCGAGACUCCACACCAAGCCUAGCAUCAGCCCAACUCUCUUGCUUUCCAACAUGUAUCAGCGUCCUGAUAUGAUCACUCCCGGCGUCGAUCCUCAAGGCCAGCCUCUCGAUCCUGAAAAGAUUCAAUCCCAUUUCGAGGAUUUUUAUGAAGAUUUGUUUGAGGAGCUGAGCAAGUAUGGAGAGAUUGAGAGCCUGAACAUAUGUGAUAAUCUGGCUGACCACAUGGUGGGUAAUGUGUACGCCCAGUUUAGAGAGGAGGAACAUGCUGCUACUGCACUUCAGAAUCUGACUGGAAGAUUCUAUGCGGGGCGCCCCAUUAUCAUUGACUUCUCUCCGGUGACCGAUUUUCGUGAAGCUACUUGUAGGCAGUAUGAGGAAAAUGUGUGCAAUCGAGGUGGCUACUGCAACUUCAUGCAUCUGAAAAAGAUAAGCAGAGAGCUGAGGCGGCAGUUAUUUGGGAGGAAUAGGCGAUGGCGCAGCCGCAGCAGGAGCAAAAGUCAUAGUCCUCAUCGCCGUCGCAAUUAUGAGGAGCGUCCACAUGGUGGCCGUGGUUUUGGUAGAAGAGGUGGUGAUGUCAGAGAUCAUCGCCACCAUGAUAGGGGUAGGAGACCAAGAAGCAGGAGUCCUGGACGUAAGGGUGGACGAAGCAGAAGUCCUGGGGGAAGGAGAAAUAGGAGUCCAGUCAGGGAAGGCAGUGCUGAGAGAAGGGCAAAAAUUGAGCAAUGGAAUAGGGAAAGGGAACAGGGAGAAUCUGCCAACAAGAAUGAUGCUAUUAGUAACCAUGAUAGCCCUAACAAUGCCAUUGUGCAGAAUGGAGAGCAGUCCUAUGAUGAUCCGCAGUACCAGCAGGAGCAUGGACGUUAUACCUGAUCCAAGUGGCAUUGUUGGGUGGAGUACAGGUCCACUAUCCCAUGAUAAUGAAAAAUGCCAAAAAAAAACCCUUUUUCUUCCUUUCUUCCACCCAUUCUCUAAAGGAACUGAAAAUGGAUUUAGCGAGAGUAGAUAGGGCCAAGCCUACUUAGCACCUGAAUGCAUGCAUCAUGACCCUCACAGUUUUUAAACUCAUUUUCUGCUCCAUUGUUCACCUUUUUCUAAGUGACUGCAGUUUUUGUUCUUCUAAGUGAUAUAUUUUUUCUAUUGUCCUCUGAUCUUGUAACUCAUGCUUAUGUUUAUUCCAGAACUUCUUGUAAACGUUGUCAAGAGUCUAGUUUUCAAAAUGCAGCAUCUUAAAAUUACAUGGGUCAAAUGUUGCCAUUUUUUACGAAAGUUUUAUACUCUGCAAAAAUCUUGACAUGAACUGAGAGUGCAUGCUAUGUAGCGUAUUGAUGAGGAUAAAUUGCUUCUGGAGCAUGGUGGGAAGAAUAUUCAUUAGUUGGGGUUACUUUUAACAUCUUUAGUUUGGUAAGCCACUCUUUUACCAGUAAAAAACACAGUACGUAUUUGUUUCACAAGGAUUUUUAAGCCGAAAUAUUUUACAACCUGAGUUUCUUUUCCAGCUAUUUCAGUUUCAUAGGAGCAUGGAGAUAAGAGUUCUCAGAUAUUUUCAUGUGAAAUAGUGUGAAUAUCUUUGUUAGCAGCCAUUUCGAGACCAAGUAAUGAUACAGUAAAAUGAUAGGGGAGUUGAUAAUCCAUUCGGACAAGAUAAGAAUGAGUUUUUAUUUCACCAUUAUUACAGUUUCUUUUGUAGGCAUUUGUGAACUUAACACAUUUUUACAAGUUUUGCAGGUUCAGGUAUUCCUGCUUCCAGGGAUCGAGCCUCAUUUUUUUAUGGCAGCUCACAAUCAUAUUUGUAUACAGGUCGGCUGUCUUAUCUGCAGAGCAAGUUUACAGGAUUUAAAUGCUACGUGGUGGAAGAACUGAAGGAAGCCGCCUAACAAAGUAGACAAAGUUUAUUUGCUAGAGUGAUGUUUUGUGCCAGGCCUUUGUUCUGGAGAACAGGUUUUAUUGUGUGCACCAUGUGUCGUGUUUAUGUUUUUCUAAACAAACUGUAGUUUAAAAAUUAGGAGGAAAUGCAAUGGAUGUUUUGUAUUUUUGUUGAGAUUGCAUUUAUUUCAGUUGUGCAAAUAUGCUGUAGGCAUAAUAACAAUGUGUAGGCCAGCCUCCUGAUAUUUUGAGGGCUAAUUGCUGCUUGUGGAAUGGGAAAGGCCGUCCUGAAAUAUAUG